AUGGCUCUCUCGCAAGCUGCCUGGCAGGUCGAAAAGAUCAUCGGCCAUGGAGGCACGGCCGCCACCGAACAGAACCUUUCCAAUCCAGCCAACGAUCCCUCCAAGUAUGCCGACCCGUCGGGCGAGAAGAUGAAGGCUCUUGUCUGGAACGGCAAGAAUUCGGUCAAGGUCAUCGAGACUUUCAAGCCGGCCAAGAUCGAACCCACGGACGUCAUUGUCAAGGUCACCGGUUCAACCGUCUGUGGUUCCGACCUGCAUCUGCUCCAUGGCGCCGUCGUCGAAAUGCAGAAGGGCGACAUUCUUGGUCACGAGUUCUGCGGUGUCGUCGAGAGUGUCGGUCCCAACAUCAAGAAAGUCCAGCCCGGCGACCGUGUCGUGUGCAGUUUUCAGAUCGCCUGUGGCACCUGCAUGUACUGCAAACGCAAACUCAGCAGCCAAUGCGAAAAGACGAAUGACAACACCAUCGAGAACAUCAUGUACGGCGGUCGCACUGCUGGCAUGCUGGGCUAUUCGCAUUUCACCGGUGGCUUUGCUGGAGGUCAAGCCGAGUACGUGCGUGUAGCCUUCGGCGAUGUCAACCUUCUCAAACUGCCAGACGAUGUCCCUGAUGAGAAGGGCCUGUAUCUGUCCGAUGUGCUGGCCACUUCGUGGAACGCCGUUGUCGACACGGGUGUCAAGGACGGUGAUGUCGUGGCCAUCUGGGGCGCGGGUCCCAUCGGUCAAAUGUGCGCGGACAUGUCGUACAUGAAUGGUGCCAAACGGGUCAUCCUGAUCGACGGUGGCCCGGGAGCAUGGAGACUCGACUAUGUCAAAUCAAAGCUGCCCAAGAUCGAGACCAUCAACUUCACCGACCUUCCCAAGGGCGAGAGCGUCACGUCAGUCUUGAAGAAGAUGGAGCACGGUGGACCGGAUGUCGCGAUCGAGUGUGUCGCUGGAGAAUACGCCAAAGGAUGGGCGCACUAUUUCGAGUUGAUGCUCGGCAUGGAGACGGAUACGUCGGAAAUCAUCAACGAAAUGAUCACUUCGGUUAAGAAUUACGGUCGAUGCGGUGUCACCGGCGUCUACGUUGGAUUUACGAACCACUUCAACAUCGGAUCCCUCAUGGAGCGCGGUAUCAGACUUAUCGGCAACGGCCAGGCUCCCGUCCAUCUGUACUGGGAAGACCUACUCAAGAAAAUCCAGGACGGCAGCAUCGAGCCUUUGCGUAUGGUCAGCCAUCGUGUCUUGCUUGAGGAGUUGGAGGAGGUGUACAAGCGCUACGAUGCGCGUGAGAAGGGGAUGCAAAAGGUCUUUGUCCAGACGAAGUUCAGUGGCCCGCCGUGUCCUGGUGCGCCGGAGUUGACCAAGUAUGGCACUGCCUGA